AUGGGAAGAUCGAAUCCAGUGUCACUAUUCAACCCGUUCGCUCUCAGUACUUUUGGUAUUUCCUCUAUUGGAUGGAUAAUCACAUUUGCAGGAUGUAUUGCUACAAACAGUCAAAAUAGCGGUUUCCCAAAGUUCGCAUGGUGGGCGGUGGUUUUCCAAUUAUUGCUCUUGAUCGUCAUUGUUGUUCUGUACAUUACAAACAAUUUCCAUUACCACAGGUUUUUCUUGACUUGCGCCAUCGGUGUAGCAUUCGUUUACAACUCCAACGCAACUAACAACUUAGUUUACGACACAGACUCAGCCCCAGGAGCUGCAAGUGCGGGCUUCAUCAUUCAGUGUAUUGUCAACAUUCUGUGGCUAUUUUACUUUGGGUCGGAACCUAGCUCACCAAUUAUUUCCUAUAUUGAUUCGUUUGGAAGCAGCGAAAACGUGAUGCUGUCCUCCAAACGGUCGAAAUCCACCAGAAACGCCGCCGCGCAGUCUCAAAUACCUCUUGAUGAGUCAUACAAGGACGAGACUAUGGGAUAUGUUGAGAGAAAUUCCCUCUCCAAUGAUGACUCGGGCUUACAUGAAAAUCCUUUCAAUAUUCAAAACUACACUGCGCAGCUCAAUGGACUUGAAAACGCUUCCACUAUGAACAGGGCUUCUGCAUUACCGGAAGACGAUUAUCCUAUAACUGUUAGAGGAUUAUUUGACUAUGAUGCUAGCCCUGACGAUAUCAACGAGCUAUCAUUUAAAAAAGGCGAUAUAUUCCGUGUCAAAGACACCAUUGGAAAUUGGUGGCAAGGUAAGAACUCGAAAGGUGAAAUCGGCAUGUGUCCAAGCAACUAUCUCGAAGUUAUUGGUUAA